UUCCGCUCAAACAGGCUGCCGUUGGAGAGUAUAGAAAAAGCUCUGGAAAGUGUAAAUGUGGCAGGAGUGAAUUCAAAUGUUGCCCAGUAAAUGUCCACGAUUAGAUAUGAGUGAUGAAACGAAAUACAUGUCUAAUCUUCACUCAGAGCUUCAGGUUAUGAAAGCAGAAGUGGAACCCGUGGAGUGCAAACGGUCACAGAUAUCGAAAACAGAAUCGGUAACAUACAGACCGACAUACCGAGCAAUUCUUGCAAGAAAAGGAUAUUUGGUCAGACGGACUUUGGGCAGUGGAAGCUAUUCAAAGGUAAAAUUAGCCUACUGCUUUUCAAAAGAACGUGAAAAAGUUGCAGUGAAAAUAGUUGAUCGUCUAAAAGCUCCAAAAGAUUUCCAAUCGAAGUUCCUGCCGCGAGAACUAGAUAUAUGGCCGCAAAUGCGUCACAGGAACAUUGUCACUAUGAUGGACAUGUUCGAUGAUGGGAGACGCAUAUAUAUGAUUCUGGAAUAUUCCGAGAAUGGUGACGUCCUGCGUUACAUUCAGAAAUCAGGCGCUUUGAGCGAACCUCUCGCUAAAUGUUGGAUUUGCCAGGUUUGCGACGCAGUCAGUUAUCUCCAUGAUCAAAACAUCACACACAGGGACCUGAAGCUAGAAAAUCUACUCCUGGACAAAAACUACUUCAUCAAACUCUGUGAUUUCGGUUUUGUGAAAGGUGAUUGUACGAAGGACCUAAGCAGGACGUAUUGUGGCUCCAAAUCGUACGCAGCUCCAGAAAUCCUCAAAGGAGAACCUUACGAACCUAAGAAGUCCGACAUCUGGGCAAUAGGAGUCAUCUUAUACAUUUUCAUCACUGGUAAAAUGCCGUUUGAUGAAAGUAAAGGAAACUCCGGGGUUCUGGACGAACAGAGAAGAUUGGAUUUUCCCUGGCAGAAGUACAAAAAGGUAACAGAAGCAUCCAAGGCACUUGUCCUAUGGAUUUUCCAAUACGAAUACAGGUGUCGGCCUGAUAUUGUAGCUGUCCUGAGUUGCAUGUGGUUACAGACUGCUUUGAAGGUGGAGAGCCUUGAAAACAUGGCAUUAGAAGGAGAGAAAGCCUACAAAAGGAGGCAGAUGGAGAAGGAAGAGAAGAAACGGAAAGCAGCCGAGGAAGCGGCUAAGAAAUCUGAUGGGAAAGGAUCCCCAGCAGAAAAGAACUGACUUCUCUGUGCAAUAUGUUCACUGUUAUUUAUGUUCACAGGUUACGUGACAGAACGUUCAUCCCAAUCUGUUGCUGUUUACAUGAUCACUCUUUUGUUGAGUUGGGUAUUUUUUUGGAAGAUUCCACUUUGAACGAUUUCAAAACCCACAGUCACAAGAAAGGGCAAAAUUAACCAAGGCCCGAAAUGGUACUUCCCCAACUCCUUAUUUCUAACUUUUUUUGUUUGAUUAUUGAAUCGUGGUGUUUAAUUCGGUGUCCUCUGAUAUAUGGUUGUCAGGACAACUGUGCAACUUUCCUCCGCAAAAGUACGUUACAGUCAACGAUUUAAGUCUUAAUACGUUCGGUUUGUGAAGCAGGGUGAAACAGGUAGUUUAUGGUAUGUUUCUAAAUUUCUGAAAAGUAUAGGGCCAAGUAUACUUGUAUUUUUGGAGACUCC